AUGGUAGUUGAUAGUCAUUACCAACAUUUAAUAUCUUGGGCCUAUACAGGCUCAUCAUUUAUUGUUUGUAAUAUUAUGGAGUUUUCACAAGAUGUAUUACCUAAACAUUUUAAACAUAAUAAUUUCAGUAGCUUUGUUCGACAAUUAAAUAUGUAUGGCUUUCACAAGGUAAAUAAAUCACCUAGAGGACAUAGAACGUUAGCUGAAAAUCAAAUUUGGGAAUUCUCUCAUCCAAAAUUUUUAAGAAAUCGACCUGAUCUCUUGGACGAUAUUAAACGUAAAUCAAUGGAAGUAGAUAAUAAUGCAAGACGUGAAACGAGUGAUCUUCAAAAUCAUAUUGCCAUGUUACAAGCUUCUCAGUCUGAAAUGAUACAACAAAUUCGACAUUUAUAUGAAAACUUCACUGAAGUACUUAAAGAAUUAGAAGUUACAAAGCAAAAACAAGAUAAUCAAAUGCAAUUUGUGAAAUCAAUGAUUCAUUUUAUUUCUCAACAAAAUGGUGGUCAAUUACCUAAUGAACUUCUUCAUGAAUUGAAUCAACUUGAAUUAUCUUCUUCUUCUUCUUUUAAUACAAAACAGCCUUUAACAAUACAACAAGAGAAACCGCCUUCAAUUUUUAUAACUUCACAUGAUCCUACCAGCACAAAUAAUCAUCCUCUAUUGGAUGACAUCUUUAAUGUUACCACUCGUUCACCUUUGACAGUUCAAACUCAAAACCUUCAUUGUAGUAAUAAUAAUAAUAAUAAUAAUAAUAGAUCAACUUUAUCUUCUUUAGGUCCUUAUGGAAAUCAAUUGCCACCUAGUCCAAGUCCUAGUAUGCUUGUUUCAGAUGAUGAACUUGAUAAUACCAGUUCUCUUUACUCGCCUAACUCACCUCAUACACCAAGACAUUCUACACAUUCUGCGACGACUCAUACUAAUACUCAUACUAAUACUAAUAAUACAACCACUAAUACUUCUUAUGCUUAUAUAUCCACUCUUGAUCCAUUAUCACAUCAUCAUCGAUAG